AUGGCCAUGGAUGUUGAGGAGGAGGAGGGUAUUGAUGAACUGGUUCAAGCAUGGGGAGCGAGCAAGGCGGCGAGCUUCGUGAGGGGAGUAGAGGAGUCGCCGCUGCAGGUCGUCCACAAAAACUUCCCCACGUUGAGAGGCCACCCAAAGGCCAGAGAGCACUUCGAGCUCGCCGCCCUGCUUCCGGAGAAGCCGACGAAGGAGUUCAAGAUCUACAGAUGGAACCCCGACGAACCCCGCCGCAAGCCCUUCCUCCAAUCCUUCUUCGUCGACCUGCGCACCUGUGGCCCCAUGGUAUUGGACGUGCUUCAGCAGAUCAAAGCGGAGCAAGAUCCCAGCCUGAGGUACCGGAGGUCGUGCAGGGAAGGCAUCUGCGGCUCCUGCUCCAUGAACAUCGACGGCAACAACACCGUGGCUUGUCUGAAGCCCGUCGACGCCGACACCUCGACAGCCACGAUGAUCACCCCUCUCCCCCACAUGUUCGUCAUCAAGGACCUCGUCGUCGACCUCACCAACUUCUACCAGCAGCACAAGCUGAUCGAGCCAUGGCUGAAGACCAAGAAGCCACCGGAGAAGGGAAGAAAGUACCUGCAGUCGCCGAGGGAGCGGAAGAAGCUCGACGGGCUCUACGAGUGCAUUCUUUGCGCAUGCUGCAGCACGGCAUGUCCUGCCUAAUGGUGGAAUCAGGAAGCUUUCUUGGGACCGGCUGCUCUACUCCAUGCCUUCCGCUGGGUCUCGGACAGGUAA